UGAGACCAACCCAACUGCCGUAUUCGCAAGAAGCCGGGGUUAUUUGAAGAAUUCUGUCAAUGUCUAUUUCCAAUUUUCUUGAAUAGACACAACAUUUGAAUUAGAUACAGUUACAAAUUAUAAAAACGUAAGGCUUCGUGAAGUUCCCUAACCCCCGCACUUCUCGGGGAGUUUUUUUACAGGGACAGUAAUAAGAAGAGGUGUAAAAUGAUGCACAGAAGAGGAGGUAAACGAAUACGUAUGGAUGACCCAGUGCCUCCAGAGUAUGAGGCACCAAUGACUCCGAUGACUCCCAUGAACGAUAACUCGGGAGGAGAAGCGAAUGAGUCUUAUUCUACUUACACGCCAUAUAGUCAAACACCUCAAACGCCUAUACAUAAUCCAACACCCGAGCAUUAUUCGUCCGAGAGCUACAGUUCACCUGGUACAUCGCAGCACCAAUACCAAGAACAAGCAGGCAAUUUUGAGAACCAAUCUCAAUUCGAACAACCAAUGACACCAGCAACUCCAACGAAUAUGAGGAUCACAAGAAAUACACGCGCUAGGUUACGUGGGGGCCCAAUACAACAACCAAAAUAUAAAGAAAUAGAUACAGACUUUGUUCCAACUACCAGCAAUAGGGGAAGAGGGGGCGGUGGACGUGGACGUGGAAAGAGAACACAUCACUCGCAUAGUCUAGAAGAUGAGGCUAGUCUUUAUUAUGUCAUCAGGAAUAAUCGUUCUUCGUUGACUACUAUUGUCGAUGAUUGGAUAGAAAAGUACAAAAUCAAUAAAGAAAAUGCUCUUCUCAUGUUAAUGCAAUUUUUCAUUAAUGCAAGCGGUUGUAAAGGUCGAAUUACUUCUGAAAUGCAAGCAACGAUGGAACAUGUGGCAAUAAUACGAAAAAUGACUGAAGAAUUCGACGAAGAAAGUGGAGAAUAUCCAUUGAUAAUGACUGGGCAACAAUGGAAGAAAUUUCGUGCAAAUUUCUGCGAAUUUGUUCAAAUUUUAGUUCGACAAUGUCAGUAUUCAAUAAUUUAUGAUCAGUUUUUAAUGGAUAAUGUAAUUUCGUUAUUAACCGGUCUUUCGGAUUCACAAGUUCGAGCUUUUAGGCAUACGGCCACGCUUGCUGCUAUGAAACUUAUGACGGCAUUGGUGGAUGUUGCUUUGACCGUAUCAAUAAAUUUAGAUAAUACACAACGACAAUAUGAAGCUGAAAGACAGAAAGCUAGAGAAAAAAGAGCAGCAGAUAGAUUGGAAUUGUUAAUGGCUAAACGCAAAGAACUUGAAGAAAACAUGGAUGAGAUUAAAAACAUGCUUACAUAUAUGUUCAAAUCUGUAUUUGUGCAUCGGUACAGAGAUACAUUACCAGAAAUACGUGCAAUUUGCAUGGCAGAAAUUGGUGUUUGGAUGAAAAAAUUUCAUCAAAAUUUUUUAGAUGAUUCUUAUUUAAAAUACAUAGGUUGGACAUUACAUGAUAAAGUUGGAGAAGUUCGAUUAAAAUGCCUUCAAGCAUUGCAACCAUUGUAUGCUUCGGAAGAAUUAAAAACUAAACUUGAACUUUUUACAAGUAAAUUUAAAGACAGAAUUGUUGCAAUGACAUUGGAUAAAGAGUAUGAUGUAGCAGUACAAGCUGUGAAACUUGUUAUCUCGAUUUUAAAGCAUCAUAGAGAGAUUCUUACCGAUAAAGAUUGCGAGCACGUCUACGAACUUGUUUAUUCAUCUCAUCGUGCUGUUGCACAGGCAGCAGGUGAAUUUUUAAACGAACGACUAUUCCGACCGGAUGACGAAGCAGUAGCGGGUGUAAAGACUAAGCGUGGGAAAAAGCGUCUACCUAACACACCACUUAUUCGAGAUCUUGUUUUAUUUUUCAUUGAAUCGGAGCUUCAUGAGCAUGGAGCGUAUUUGGUAGAUUCUUUGAUCGAAACAAAUCAGAUGAUGAAAGAUUGGGAAUGCAUGACAGAUUUAUUAUUAGAAGAGGCUGGACCCGUAGAAGAAGCUUUAGAUAAUCAAAAGGAAACAUCUUUGAUCGAAUUGAUGGUUUGCUGUAUAAAACAGGCCGCUACGGGUGAAGCUCCGGUUGGUCGGGGACCAACUAGGAAGAUUUUGUCGGCAAAAGAAAUGAAGCAAGUUCAUGAUGACAAACAAAGAUUAACGGAACAUUUUAUACAAACAUUACCUCUUUUACUUGACAAAUAUAGAGCAGAUCCCGAGAAGUUGGCAAACUUACUUGCUAUCCCUCAAUACUUUGACUUGGAUAUUUAUACGAAAUCUCGGCAAGAGCAAAACUUAGAUUCAUUGUUGAAUAAGAUUCAAACAAUUGUAGAAAAAAUGCACGACACUGAAGUUUUGGAUACAGCUGCGAAAACAUUGGAACAUAUGUGCAUAGAGGGACACGCUAUUUUCACUAGGUGUGACGUAGCGCGUUCAACAUUAAUCGAUUCUAUUGUAAAUAAAUAUAAAGAAGCUAUUGAUGAAUAUAGAAAUUUGAUAGAAGGAGACGAAGAACCGGAUGAAGAUGAAACGUUCAAUGUUGUACAGUCCCUUAAAAAAGUUUCAAUAUUUUAUUCCUGUCACAAUAUGAAUCCAUGGGGAAUAUGGGAUUCUUUGUACAAGGACAUCGAAGAUGCCAAGGACCCAACGAAGUGUUUGCCACAUGAAGCAGUUAAGUAUUGUAUAAGUGCAUGUUUCUUCGCAAUUUUGUGGGGACAAAAUCACCUCAUGGAAUCUGUAGAUUCUGGAAAUCGAGGUGAAGAUGAAUGUCGACAAUUGAAGGAACGUUUACAUUCUUUUAUGGGUUCCAUGCGUCACUUCGUUAGUGGUGAUGGAAGCGACACGCCUUCUCCACCAAUUUUAAGAGAAGAAGCAUACAAUACAAUAUGUGAUUUAUUGGUAGUGUUUUGUAAUCAGUUAAUAACGCAUUCUAAUCCUUUGAUGCAUCAGUUAGUGUACGAACCUGAUCAAGCAAUGCAAUAUAUGCUUAAUCGGUUCAUACAGGAGUACGUAUUUUUUGAAGAAGAAGAUGACGAACAUGACGAACAUUCAAAAAUUGAAGAGUUGCAUAAAAGGAGAAACUUUUUAGCUGGUUAUUGCAAGCUGAUUGUAUAUAAUAUGAUACCCACAAAAGCAUCGGCAGAUGUGUUCAAACAUUAUGUAAAAUACUAUAAUGAUUAUGGCGAUAUAAUUAAAACUACACUAGGAAAAGCUAGAGAUAUUAAUAAAACAAAUUGUGCUUUGACCAUGCAACACAGUUUGAAUAUUUUGUAUAAUGAAAUAGUAGCUGAAAAAAGUAAAGUGAAUAGAAAUAGUGAAGAAUUUACUGCUAUAAAGGAACUUGCAAAACGAUUUGCUUUAUCGUUUGGCUUAGACGCAGUAAAAAAUCGUGAAGCAAUUACAGCUUUGCAUCGAGCAGGUGUGCUUUUCGCGGUAACUCCACCAGACAGUAUAGAACAAGAUCCUACUGGUCCACCACCAAAUUUAUCUUUUCUUGAAAUCUUAUCUGAAUUUACGAAUAAACUUCUUAAACAAGAUAAACGUCUCGUAUUAAAUUUCCUCGAUAGGAGACUACAAGCUGGAAUGCCGUCCUCGCGGGGAGAGGAUUGGCAACCUUUACUUUUGUACAGAAACAGUCUCUUACAUGGCGAAACCGAUCAAGUUCCAGUGACAAGUAAACGCGCUUACACAAGACGUAAAAAGGAUCAUUUAGCUGAAGAAGAAGAAGUAGAUGAGCCUGAAGAAGGUUCUGAUCAUGAAUUUUUGGGCAAACACAAGAAGAAACGCGGUCCAAGAAAACACCAAUUAGCCGUUAAUAAAGUAUCAAUAACUCGUGGAUCUAGGGCAGCUGUCUUUUACGAAUCCGGCGAUACCACACAGAUGCAGACGUCUCCAACAGCAAUCAUUGAAGAUGUAUCAACCAGUCCAUCUCAAGAUAUAGAUAAUAAACUUAAGACAUCGCAGAUUCAAUCGAGGUCACGAAGAAGUCAAGAUCAUGCAGAACCAAGAGAGUUAAGAAGAACCGCUAGGAAUUCUGGUCGCUAUGUAGAAGGACAAUAUAUGGAAUCUGAUUCCGAAUAAUGAAGUACAAUAGAAAAGAAUGCAUUGCAUCCAAGAUGGAAGUAUUCCAAGAGGAGGUGAUUUGUCAUAUAUUUAUAAUACAUGUAUCGGAUUGAAUAGGUUUCAAAUAGUAUAAUAUAUAGAACUUAUUCAAUCAGCUACAUAUACAACAUAAAGUAAUAGAAUUUCUAAUCGAUCGUCGAGUUUCAUUUUAUGUUGAGAAAUUUCUAAAAAUUUUCUUUAAAUCAUUCUUAUGAAAUGGUUUUGUUAUUUAAAAUCGCAUAUUUUCUUUUUAAUUCACCAUAUCACAUUACACAUGACAUACCAUAUAUUUCGUAACAUUGGCGUUUUUAUAUUAAUAU